GCCACGGACGGAUGCAGGCUCGAAGAAGGAGCUAGAGGAGUGCAGGUUCUGCUUCGCAAACGUCGCGAGCUGCGGUGACAGGGCGAAGGAUCAGGUCAAGGACUGGUCACUCAUCCACUCUGGAGUGCAUAAGGCUGAUGUUCCUGCGCCCCACCUCGUCGGCUUCGCGGAGCACCGCCCGAUGGGGCCCAAGCUCGCGGAGACGGGUCUGAGACCGCACGCGUUGGGGUGGCGAGGAGACCUGGUCAGAGCCCAGGCGACCAUCAACG